AUGAGCUCGGCGCCAGAGGCGUUGAUCGUCUCGUUACAGGAUGCUCUCACCCUACAGCGGGCCUGCAACCCCUGCAUGACGUUCAAUACCGCGCUCGCGCUCGCUCAGUCCGCCUCGACGUCAUCCACCUCGAGCCGAUCCAACGGUGCGACCCACAACGCGACAGCGAAGGUAGAACCGCAAAUUCCUUUGUUGCAGGAGUUGGAUCAUGAUCCUUGGCCAGAGAUUUAUGCUCUCGAAUUAAUCCGUCUCUCAACAUCUAAUGGUGGACACGAUCAGUUCGCCUCGACGUCCACAUCCUCGUCGUCCGGCGCUGAAGCUGGAGCUGGUUCAUUGGACUGGCUGCGCGCGUCUUUACCGACUCUGCAAGACUACGUGAGGGCAUUGGACAUUAUACUUAGCCCAAGUGGGGACCAAGAUGUCGCGACUUCAUUGCUCGAGAUCUACGGCUUUGAGGGCAUCGACUUGGUCGGACAGGCGAUCGAAAACCGGAAGACGAUCCAACAACAGGCGAACGCUUUUGCAGUGAACGACUCCAACAUACUCGCUUGCUCCGUAACAACAAUACCUGCCCAUCAUAAUCAACCCGCCCAGUCGCAAUUCAGCGUCCCCAAAGAACGAACCCCACAAGCUCAGAUCAUGUUUCAGUCCAAGUCCGACCUCGAACAGGCCAAGCGGGAACGUAAAUUACGACACAAACUGGCACGAGGACAGCAUGGUCAUGAUGGUGGGGAACCGAACGGUGGAAUUGAUUUGGGAGAGUGGGAGAGACUCAGACAGGAGACUCUGGCCAGGGGUCCGGGUCCUCUGGCUUCGAGCGAUCGGGUGAGUUCUCGGAGGUCUUGCUUGGUGGAAGGAGUGGGGCUGAAGCUGAUCUUCCCAUGGACCUGACAGGAAUGGGAAGAACCGAUACCAUACCCGAAUGUUUACCUUGCUCCCGGGGCUCAGGCGGCCGCACAUGGCCUCGGAGGUCAAAAAUUGAUCUUGCCGGUUGGGACAACGAGGAACGAUCGAGGAGUAAGUCUGUGCUGAAUGCCUAGGCUUCCUCGCAGAGUGCUCAAGAUCACUGAUGUGGACUUGUUCAUGAUUGUAGGAAUACGAGGAGAUCAUGAUACCCGCACCAGAUCCGGUGCCCUUUCGCUUCAACGAGAACCCGGUGCCCAUCUCAGCCAUGGACGCCUGGGGAAGGCGGACAUUCCACGUCAGUCUUGCGAGAGAAGUUGCUUUGAGUGAUCACGAAUGGUAGCUGACCAUGUAUCUCAUUCGUGCUCUAGGCAUAUGCCUCACUCAAUCGCCUGCAAAGCAUCGUAUUUCCGGUGGCCUACGGUACGAACGAAAACAUGCUCGUGUGUGCGCCGACCGGAGCGGUGAGGUCAAAUAAAGCAGCCUGGGUAAAUCUACCGACGUGACGCUGAUUCUCUUCGUCUCAAACCAGGGUAAAACCGACGUAGCUUUACUUGCGAUCUUACGCUGUCUCAGUGGACUCGCACACACCCCUUUGGUCGGCAAUGCAAAGCCAACUCUGCCUCCGGCCUCCUCGUACAAGAUCAUCUACGUCGCCCCUCUCAAAGCCUUGGCUGCCGAGAUCACGCUCAAGUUCGCGAAACGACUCGGCUGGGCCGGAGUCAAAGUCCGCGAGUUGACGGGUGACAUGAAGUUGACCAAGAAGGAAGUCGACGAAACAGGGGUUAUCGUCACGACGCCCGAGAAAUGGGACGUCGUGACGCGAAAAGGCGCGGGAGCAGGGGAUGGCGAUGUGGCGGAUAAAGUCAAGUUGCUCAUUAUCGAUGAGGUCCAUCUGCUACACGAAGAUCGAGGCGCGGUCGUGGAAAGUAUCGUGGCGAGGACGUUGAGGCAAGUCGAAUCGAGUCAGAGUCUGAUUCGUAUCGUUGGGUUGUCGGCGACAUUGCCCAAUUACGUCGAUGUCGCCGACUUUCUACGCGUCAACCGGCAUACGGGGUUGUUCUACUUUGAUGCUUCGUUCCGGCCGGUCCCGCUCGAACAACACUUCUUGGGUGUCAGGGGGAAAGCAGGAACCCCGGCCUCCCGUGCAGGGCUCGACAACGCCGCAUUCGAGAAAGUCGCCGAACUCCUCAAACAAGGCCAUCAAGUCAUGGUCUUUGUGCACGCCCGAAAGGACACGGUCAAGACCGCGCAAACGUUCCAGGAGAAAGCACAAGGCGAAGGCAUCACGGAUCUUUUGGAUCCGAAUGAGAAUGAGAAGUGGCCGGGUUUCAAGAGGGAUUUGGCGGCGUCGAGGAAUAGGGAGAUGAAGGAGUUGGCUGCGCAGGGGUUCGGCAUUCAUCAUGCUGGCAUGUUGAGGUCGGAUCGAAACAUCGCAGAGCGGAUGUUUGAAGCGAACGUCACCAAGGUCAGUUAUUGUCUGAUUCAGGUCAUUGUAGCCUGUGUGGCUAAUUCCCUAAAACUGCGAUGCAGGUGUUGUGCUGUACGGCGACGCUCGCGUGGGGUGUCAACUUGCCCGCGUACGCUGUCGUCAUCAAGGGAACCCAAAUCUACGAUGCCGGGAAAGGUUCGUUCGUCGAUCUGGGGAUCCUCGACGUAUUGCAGAUCUUCGGUCGUGCUGGACGACCUCAAUACGAGAGCCAAGGUGUAGGCUACAUCUGCACCAGUUAUGACAAGCUCGAUCACUAUGUCUCGGCCAUCACACAGCAACACCCGAUUGAGUCCAAGUUUGUGGAAGGCCUCGUCGAUUCGCUCAACGCCGAAAUUAGUCUUGGAACCGUCACCAAUAUGGAUGAAGGUGUGCGAUGGCUCGGGUACAGUUACCUCUUUGUUCGCAUGCGCAAGAAUCCACUGGUCUACGGCAUGCUGGCCACCGAGGUUGCGGACGACCCUCUCUUGGGGAGCAAGCGCUUGACCCUGAUCUCGAACUCGGCCAAACGACUCGUCGAAACACAGAUGGUGCGAUGGGACAAGGAUCUCGGCCAAUUAGAACCAACAGAUCUAGGACGCAUUGCCUCAAAGUACUACAUUCGAAACGCCAGUAUUGAGAUCUUCAACACGCUAUUCCGACCCAAGAUGAGUGAAGCCGACGUGCUGGCGCUCAUCGCUUCUUCGGUCGAGUUCAACCAGAUCCAAGUUCGCGAGAACGAGAUCGAGGAGCUGACGAGGCUCAUGGAGAUGGUCGCGCCGUGUCAAGUCAAGGGUGGAACCCAGUCCAGUUCGGGCAAGGUCAACAUCCUCUUGCAAGCCUACAUCUCGCGUGCGUUCAUCGAGGACUUUGCUCUCGUCUCCGAUUCGGGUUACGUCUCCCAGAACGCCGGGCGUAUCGUCCGGGCCCUCCUCGAGAUUGCCAUGGCGAAGCGUUGGGCACCCGUCACGCUCGUCCUCGUGUCCAUGAGCAAGGCGAUCGAGAAGCGAUUGUGGCCCUUCAGUCACCCGCUCGCGCAGUUCGACCUGCCUUCGGAACUGUUGUACAACAUUGAGCGGUGGGCCGACGACGUCUUGCUUUCCGAAGUGGCUUCAAUGUCCGAUGCCGACUUUGGAACGCUGAUCCAUCAGAACGAGCGAUUGGGAGGGUUUGCCACAAAGGCGGCAAAACAGUUCCCUUCGCUCGGCAUUUCGUACACGCUACGUCCAGUCGCCCACGACUUGCUUCGGGUACGCUUGGAGCUCAGGCGAUCUUUCGAGUGGUCAGAGAAGCAUCACGGAACCAUUGAAGCCUUUUGGGUCUGGAUCGAGGAUGAAGAAGGGCUUUCGAUCCUCGGUUUGGCACGCGUCGUGGUCCGUCCGACGACCAAUGUAUUGGUACAAGAGUUUGUCGUCCCCGUCAGCUCGGUGCCGAAAGCUCUGCGUGCUCGCGUCGUUUCGGAUCGAUGGAUCGGGUCCGAGGAGGUGCAGACGAUCGCGCUCGAGCAUCUCUCGAUGCCACCUUCGCCUCCUCCUCAUUUGCCUCUGCUCGAUCUACCGCUGCUUUCGUGCCGUGAUGCGUUAGAAAAGGACGACAAGGCAUUGCAAGCCUACGCCAAUGACACGCCCGUGUUCGACCCCGUGCAAACACAGUCGUUUCAUUCGUUCCACCACUCGGCAAGCAAUGCGCUCUUGUGCGCUCCCUCGGCGCAUUCACGUGGCGUAGUUCUUGAGAUGGCCAUCUGGUGGGUCUGUUUACUGUCAAAGAUUUCACUCUGCAGAGCUAACUCGCAUUCCACAGGCGCGCUUUCCGAAUGAACCCCCAAGCUCGGAUCAUCUUCCUCACCCCUCGGAAAGCCCUGGCGCGUCAGGUAUCGAUUCGCAUUCGCCACCUCUUUUCGCGUCUACCCGAAAUCUCGACUGUUCUGCUCACGCAUUCCAAGGACUUCGGCACCUUACCGCAAGCUGGCGGUCUGAUCGCCAUUGCCUCGCCCACGCCACUGCUCAGUCACCUCACCAACGACAAGAGCCUGUUCCAGAGUCUUGAUCUCGUCGUCGCACACGAUCUACACGCCCUCGACGGGCCAUACGAGCUCGUGCUUACUCGACUGCGAUGGGAAAAUUCUACCACCCGUGUUGUCGGAUCAGCUUCCUCUCUUGCCGACGCGACCUCCCUUGCGCAUUGGCUGGGCGUCCCCGAGCAUGCGAUCUACAACUUCUCUCCGAGCACGCGCACCUCGUCACUGACGACGUCUUUCCAAUCGUUCACCACUCCUCACUCCGUCGGUCUCAUUCGGUCGAUGGUCCGUCCUGCCUACGCAGCGAUGCGCACAAGCACGGGCUCCACAAUCUGCUUCGUCCCAUCCCGUGCUAUGUGUCGCACCGUCGCCGCGGACCUCAUCACCCAAACGGCCUCGGAUAUUGAGCAAUCCUUCGUUCGCCACGACGCGAUGGAGAUGAUCGGAGCCUACGCUUCUUCCUUCGCGGAUCCGACGCUCCACGAAGCAUUGAACCACGGAAUAGCGGUGUAUCACCCCGGCCUCACGAUUGAUGAGCAACGCCUUGCGCUGAUGCUGUUCAGUCAAGGAGCCCUCAAAGUCUUGAUCUCGCCCCACGACGCCUGUUGGACCCUCCCCCUUCAAGCGAAUCUAGUCCUCGUUCUAGGCGCGCAAUACGCCGUACCUCGUCCUUCCGAGCCGACCGAGCGGGAUAUUCGUGACUACCCGCUGGAGGAGAUCGUUCAAAUGCAAUCCCUCGCCGUAACGAACCGAUCAACGACCUCGGCCGAGUUCAUCAUUCUGUGCCAAGCCGAGCAAGCGAAGCUAUACGGUCGGUACCUGGACCAGGGGUUGCCCCUCGAAAGCGCGCUGCUCGAUCAGAACGAUACCGAAGGGGAUUCCUUGAUCCAAUUGAUGUGGUCGGAUCUGGCGCAACGACAACUCAUUUCGAAUCGGCAAGACGUCGUCGAUGCUUUGUCGUGGACGUUCAUGGCUCGAAGGAUCGAGGAUAACCCCUCUUACUACAAUGAUCGAGGACAAGAGGCCGAGAGUCUCCUUUCCAGGAUCGCGGACCAGCAGAUCGUGGAUCGAUUGGAAAGAGCGGGCUUGGUUCAUGCGAAGGGGAAGAGUGAAAUUGGGAUCACGGAGAUGGGCACGUUAUUGGUGGGAGCAUUGGUUACUCAGGUCGAGUCGCUGCAGCAGAUCGAGCUGGAUCGGUUGGUCGACAUGGCCAUGGCGAAGAAGCAGUCGAGUGGGGGUAUUUCGAAAGACGCCGAAGCGAUCCGGACGUUCCAGCAACGACUCGCUCGGCCCAUUCGAGAUAUGAUUGGCCCCGAGCCCAUCGAGCCAGAAGGCCAAGAUACCUCAAACGCGAUGCUCCAGUAUCGACGAAGGGUCUUGUUGGCUGCUUUCAAAGCCGGCAAAGCCCCUCGCUAUGAUGAUACCCUCGUCUCGGAACAGGCUCGUCUCGUUCAGUCCUUGUUGGGGGCACACAAGAGACACGCCCGUUAG